AUGUUUUCCGACCCUAAACCUUCCGAGUUUUCCAACAUCAAGCAAGACGUUGAUUCUGAGACGGAUGACUGUAAGUUGAAAAUUUCUCGACUGAAACUGUGAAAUGAUGUUUCAGCGAAUGAUCCGAACAACAGCUACUUUUGCGGCGUGUGUGGCGACGUCGCAACUGGUCGCCAUUAUGGAGCAGUGGCCUGUAAUGGAUGCAAAGGUGGGAACUUUUUGAAAACGUUCAGAGCAAAAUUUUGCUCAACUUCCUUCAUUUUUGAGCAAAAGUCACAUGUCUCCGUCAAGCCGAUUUUUUAAAAGUUUAAACAAAGCAACUUGAGAAAGUUGAGUAUACUGUUUCACAAAUAAAAAAAACAUAACAGCUCAAAUGUUUCAGGAAUGUUGGAAAGAAGCUGAUUUGAUCCAUAAAUUUUUUUUUCAGGUUUUUUCCGACGUACGAUCCGUCGGGGCUACAAGUACACGUGCCGCUUCAGCUCCAAAUGUGUCAUCGAUAAGCGUAAGUUUUUCACGAUUUAUUGGUUCUUUUCUAAUCUAUUCCCGCUAAGGAUCUUUACAGUCAAGAACUGUGGCUGAUAAUGAAAAGCACGCCACUUUUUUUUGGAAAAGAGCAAUGAUUAGACGGAAAACGCGUGUUUUAGUCUUUGGAGGAAACCCUAUGGAGGAAUUUGAGAGGAAUGGAGAGCGAAAAAUCAUCCAAGGAUUUUUAUGGCUAGACCACAGAUCAAGUCAUCGAAACAGAUUUUGAAAUUUGAAUUCAAAUAUUCCAUUUGAUAGCUUAGUCAGUCAUUCCACGUGCCACCUUACGGAUUGAAAAUUUCGAAAAAAGUUUUUUCGAACCGGAAAAACGCAUGCAGAAAGGCUGAAAAAAAUUCAGCCUUUUUUUUUUUUUGAUCAGCUCAUCCGACCGUUAAGCCGCUUAGUCGCAUUAAAGAAAUCAAAUAAGUUCGUUGACUACCGCGAAAGAAAUUGAAUAUUCAUGUACGGUCAGCCAUUCCACGUGCCGCCUUUUGAAACGCAAUAAUCUGAAUAAAAUGAUCUUAGACCAUUCAACCAUGGUUCGGGGAGUUCCAGCAAACCUGAAUUCAAAUAUUACAUACAUUCUUUCAAACUUUAUUUGAUCCUUUUUCGUACCUCGGGGAAAAAAUCUUGUUAAGACGCCUAUGAUUUAAGUAUCUUUUCUCUGUUUGAUAUUAUUUUCGGAUCGACAAUUUGAAAAAAAGCUUGUGGCUUCAAGAAAACCCUUGACGUAUCGGACUUCAAAAUGUGUGCUCACGCUGUUUGAUCUUCAGUUUUUUUUUGUUGCUGCACAAAGAAAUUCCCAUCUCAGCAUUGGUUUUUUGGUUAUGGGAACGUACUCAGAACCACGUUUUUCCAGAAAAGUUCUUUCAAAGAGAGUGAAGUUCGUAACGCGAGUAAAAAACAAAACGUGAAGAGUUGCAAACAAAACUCGAAACUGUUUCAACAAGACGAGCAUGGCUCUUUUGUCCAGAAGUUUGGCGGAACGGCAAAAAAAGAAGUUUUUCAGUGAACAGAGCUGUUUGCCGAUAUUGCCGGUAUAUGCGGUGCCUCAAGUGCGGGAUGCGAGUUGACCAAGUUCAAAACGAACGGGAUGUUAUUGGAAAAAGGUUUGAAUAAAAACCUAGAAAUCUAAAAAAAUAUAGGAAAAAAAUUGGAACAUCGGGUACAUAAACUCUAAUUAUAAACCUCUGUUGGAUGCAAAUUGGCGUCAAAUCCGCCGUUUUUUUGUACCUGACAUUCUAAUCCACGACAUUUCUCGGAUUUAUCACAAAUCUGCGGAAUUCUUAAAAUUAUGCUUUAUCUACCGCUAACUUGAAAAAUGAAAAAUGGAGAUGACAUUGUGAUAUUUUCAAAAUUUUCAAAAUUUUUUUCGAAGCUGUCUUUAUCGUAGAAGUGAAUGGACUGCAUCUAUAUACUUUUUGGAUUUCAGUUUCAAUGUUUUAUUUGAGAAACCGUGCCAACAGUGGUCCUUCUCAAAACCAACCGAGCAAAGCUUCUUCGGUCCGCCGUAAUCAGAGCAACGACGAAGCGUGAGUCGAUCCCUUUUUAAAACUUAACACAACUUACAGUUUCAGCAACUCUCCUGAAAGUACUAGUUCUUCUGGAGACGGCUGGGAUAACAAAGAAUCCUUGAUCCGGGCGCUUCUUCAGUCUGAAAAAGCCACAUUGAGCCUCCGUGAAUCGGUGAUUAAGCAGACCGGAAACGUGGAUUAUAUCACAAAGCAAGAAAAUGUUUGUUCUUUUUUUGAAACGGAAAAGUGAAGAAAGUCUUCAGAUCAAACCUCACAACACUGCCACUUUGAACGACGUUUUCAAAGCUCUCCACAGCCAGCUUCUUUUGGUGAUCGAAUGGGCUAAGACGUUGCCGCCGUUCUUGGAGCUAUCCACCGAAGAUCAGGUUCAUAUCCGAAAUCGUUAAGAGAUCAACUUAUUUUUUUCAGACAGCUCUUUUGAAGAACUUUGCCACGCAACAUGUCGUCCUUUGUGUGGCAUACCGAUCCGCCAAAGAGCCAGCGGAUAUGUUGAAGUUGCUGAACGACCGGUAUAUCCCCAGAACUGCCAAAGGAACCGGUUAUCAGCCAGACCAGUUAGUUUUUUUUUUCUGUCGGUUGCUUUAAAAAUGGCUGGACUUCAAAGAUUAAGGCGUUUUUCAAAGCUUAUUCGGUUAGCAAAGUUUUCCAAAGGCGAUGAGAAUUGUCUCACGAUUAGCAAAACAUUUGUGAGAAGAAGUUAUUCACGUCUUUACAGUAUUUUUUAGUUGUGUCAGUGGUGAAAAAAGUUAUGACGACUCUACAAGUUUAAUGUGGGAAAUAGAACAGCAGCUUUAAGGAGUAGAAUAUUCUCGAAAAAUUAUUUUUGGUGUUUGAACAAAAUGUAAAAAGUCAAAAAUCUUUACUGUACGCUAAAGUCACUUUGAGCCAUUCCAAACGCCUUCAAACUUUUUCAAAUCCAACUAAAAUACAAAAAACAAUUUUUCAGAGAAUUCUUCUUACGAGAUUGUGACCGUGUGAUCGACCAAAUGGUUUCACCUUUCCGCUACUUAAACGUAGACGACACUGAGUUCGUCACCAUCAAGGCUUCUGUAUUUUUUUCAAUCCAGGUUUGAACUCAUCUCAAGGAAAUCGAGGAGUAAUGACAAAAAUGCAAUCUGAGGUUUUCUGGCUCAAAUUUAGAAGAAAAUCAUCAAUUUCUUUUCUUUUUUUACUUCAGUUAUGAAGCUUUGAAAUCUUUUAUAGUUUUUUUUACGUCAAUAAAUCGAGAGCUCCGUAACUCGACUGAGAGAAAUAAGGAAUUUUUGAUUAUAUCACUUCAAAACAUUUCUGCAGGAUUUACUGGAUUUUCUCUAUUUCUCCUUCGAAUGAAUAAAAACUAUCUACAAUUUUAACUUUCAGUUGCCAAAGGCCUUUCCCCUGGAGCGGUCAUCCCGGUCCUCGAAACCAGGCGGAAAAUUUUCGGAGCCCUGGAGCACUACCUCAAGAAAAACAAGCCGACGGACACGACUCGUGUCGGAGAUCUCACCUUCUUCUUCUUGUCGCCUCUUGCGGUAAAAUCUCACUUUUUCUAUAUACUAGGAUAAUUUACAACUUUUCAGACUUUGGCCAACUCCCUUUCUGAAGACAUAAUGGUUACCAAGCUUAGUGGAGUGGCACGGAUCGACGUCCUCAUGGAGGAGCUUGUCCUGAGGGACACUGAUGAGCAAACCGAACGAGCUUGUAAGUUUUUUUGAGAUUUAUUGAGUCAGAUUUUGAGCGAGAAGAAGCUGAAAUUAUUUCUUUCGUCGCAGAAAUCGCCUAAAUUUAAAAAAAUUAGAAUUUUGAAAGUUUUGGUAUUCUGAGAGAACUCUGGGCCUCUUGGUCAAAAAAGCUUCAUUAUUGAGAACUUCUCUUACUUUUUUGAGUUUUGAGGUCCAUAGACGCAUGUUUCAAUACGAAAUUGUGUUGAGAAAUAUUUCAAAUCGAUUUUCAAACUUGGUUCGAUUUUUGCUUUUUUUAUUGGGUUCUAAAAGUCUCAGAGGCCAAGUACUAUAAUUUUGAGGCAACUACGAGGUUAUCUGGGACUUUUUUGAUUUACAACUAGCUCCAGAACGAUUAUUAUUCGAUCAAUAAUUUAUUUUAAACCUUGCUUAUCCUCAAUUUUCCAGCCGAGUCUUCCCCGGAGACGUGUUUCUUUCUGCAUCAAAGACAACCAUCUCCACCACAGCCUCCAGCUCCUCCAAUGCCUCAGCCUCAACAAGGAGUUCAUCAUCACCCGCCAACGUCAGUUUUUAUAUUCCUAACUUUUAUAUUGAUCAGAAAUCAGUCUGUAAAAUUUUCAAAGUCAAAACUCGGAAGCAAAUAUGAUAUUUUGUUGAUUCCAGGCUCGAACAUAGCAACUCCUACCCUUCUGAUCAUUUCCAACACCCUCAGCAACAUCAAAUGAUGGGAAGCUAUAUGAACGGCUAUACGACCCAUUUCGAAAGGUUGAUAUUAACCAAAUUUUUCAAUUGGAAAAUAUGAUUUUAGGGCGAGUCACAAUCAGCCGCAGCAAAACUUUAAUCGAGACGAAGCUUGGCCGAAAACGCCGCAAGAUGUUUCAGAUCUCCUCUUUUCCGAUGGAUUCUAG